AAGGUGUGUGGAAAAUUCUCUAACCGGCCUUGGUGUUUGUUUUUUGUGGAGGUGCUUUUCUUUGGGCUCUUCCUUUUCUCUCUUUUCUAUAAUUGGCCAGAUUCCAAUUCCAAUUCCUCAUCAUCGCUUUCUUUUCCUCUCAAUUUCCCUCACCCACACCUUCAAUUUUCCUCACCUUUUUCACCCCUUUUAUAACGUCUUCGAUUUUCCUUUCUUCGUAAGAACAAAGGAAAAUCCUAGAUUAUUUCUUUCCUCUCAUUUUCUCUCCGUUCUCCACAAUCCCUUGAUUUUCCCAGGAAACAAACAAAACCUUUCUCCGAUCUGAGAAAUAAAAAAGAAUGGCGGAGGAACACCGGUGCCAAGCUCCGCGCCUCUGCGCGAACAACUGCGGCUUCUUCGGGAGUCCGGCGAUGCAGGAUCUCUGCUCAAAAUGCUACCGCGAUUUGCAGCUCAACGAGCAACAAUCUUCCUCCGCGAAAUUGGUCCUCAACCAAACCCUAGCCCCUCCGUUGUCGCUGUCUCCGGCGAUCCCGCAGCCGUGCUCUUCUUCGGCGACGACGACGGAGCCGGUUGUUGUUGUUGUGGCUCCUUCUGCGCCGUCGGAGAAGGAGGGGCCGAGCCGGUGCGCGACGUGCAGGAGGCGCGUGGGGUUAACCGGGUUCAAGUGCCGGUGCGGGUUGAUGCUUUGCGGGUCCCACCGGUACCCGGAGAAGCACGAGUGUGGGUUCGAUUUCAAGGAAUUGGGGAGGGAGCAGAUCGCGAAGGCGAACCCGGUGGUGAAGGGUGAGAAGCUGAACAAGAUCUGAGAACGUGGUGGUGGUUGUGAGGGUGUUAUGGUAAUUUCAAAUAUGCUGAUUCGUUCGGAACAUGAAAAAAAUGAAAAAUGAAAAAGAAAAACCAUUCGGGUCUGGUAUACAGGUCGGGUGAUCCGUGUUGUGUCGGGUUAGGUAGGUGGGGUGGGUGGGUGGGUCGUUGAUGUCAUGUGUGGUUGGUUGGUUGGUCUAUUAUCAUGUUAUUUGUAAAUUGAUUUAAUGAACGCUUUUAAUUUCAAUUGUGUAUAAA